GGGCCCUAGGUGAAGCACGAGGUGGGAAGGAGGGAGGUCGCCCGCUCCCGCCUCUCCCCCGCGGGGGGCACAAGCUCUCGGUGACGCCACAGGCCCCACGCGACCCUCGGGAUCGCGGGGACAGGGACGGCGCGGGGCUGACGGUCGCCUCUCCCCCCGACCCUCCCCGCCCCCACCGGGACUCCUCGGCACCGCCCCGACCUGCAUGCGGGCGGGACACCCACAGCCCGAGGCCCUCGGCGUCCCCGAGGCGGUGCCCGGCCGCGCCGGAGGAGGAGGAGGAGGAGGAGGAGGAGGAGGAGGGCGAGCGGGAGGACGACGAGGAGGAGGAGGAGCCGGCUGGCCGCGCGCUGCGGCCCGGGAGCACGGGCUCCCCGGAGGGAGCUUGGGGCGUCCCGGCCCCGGAGGAGGGACCCGGAAGCAGAAGCGCAGCCGCGAGUGGAGCGGAGCCGCUGCCCGCGCUGCCCGGCGCCGGCUGGGGGUCCCGGCGGCUGGAUGGGCGGCGGCGGCGCGGGCCGCGGGCGGCGAUGGGCGAGGAGCAGAGCACGGUGAGCGGCGGCGGCGGGCCCCGGGAGGCGCGGCUCCCCGGCGGGGGCUCGGCGGGCCAGCCCGAGUCCCCCAGGCCGCGAGGGGACCGCACCGGGGCAGCCGGGCCGCGCGCCGCCUCCUCGGAGCCGGGCGGCGGAGGCUGCGCGGACGCGAGCGCCCAGGAGCCUGCGAGCCGCCGGGCCACGGCGGGGCGGCCCGCGGGACUGCCACUCGCCGGGCCCCUGGACCCCCACAGCCUGCAGCUGCGGCUGGAGCGCGAGCCGGAGGGAGCGGGGCCGCGGGAGGCGCCCCCCGGCCAGCAGCCCCCCGACGGGCUGCUCCUGGACGCGCUGGCCCAGCGACCCCCGCCCCCCGCCAAGCCGCAGGUCUUCUGCUCCGUGUACUGCGUGGAGAGCGACCUGCCCGAGGCCCCCUCCGCCGAGUCGUCGCCGGAGUCCCCACCUCGAGUCCUGCCGGGGCCGAUACCCGCCAGCCCGCCGUCCUCCUUCCCCAGCUCUCCGCUCUCGCUCGCGGCUGACCCCCUCUCCCCCGACGGCGGCAGCAUCGAGCUGGAGUUCUACCUGGCUCCGGAGCCCUUCUCCGUGCCUGGCCUAUUAGGGGCGCCACCCUACUCCGGCCUGGGCGGGGUAGGGGACCCCUACGCGCCCCUCAUGGUGCUGAUGUGCCGGGUGUGCCUGGAAGACAAGCCCAUCAAGCCCCUCCCGUGCUGCAAGAAGGCGGUGUGCGAGGAGUGCCUGAAAAUCUACCUGAGCUCUCAGGUACAACUUGGCCAAGUAGAAAUCAAAUGUCCAAUCACAGAGUGUUUUGAAUUCCUGGAGGAAACAACUGUUGUCUACAACUUAACCCAUGAAGACUCCAUCAAGUAUAAGUACUUCUUGGAACUUGGCCGAAUUGACUCCAGCACCAAGCCGUGUCCUCAAUGCAAACACUUCACAACCUUUAAGAAAAAAGGACAUAUCCCCACUCCUUCCAGAUCAGAAAGCAGAUACAAAAUCCAGUGUCCCACUUGCCAAUUCAUCUGGUGUUUUAAGUGCCAUUCUCCUUGGCAUGAAGGUGUUAACUGCAAGGAGUACAAAAAAGGAGACAAGUUAUUGCGUCACUGGGCCAGCGAAAUUGAGCACGGGCAGAGAAAUGCCCAGAAGUGCCCCAAGUGCAAGAUACAUAUCCAGAGAACAGAAGGGUGUGACCAUAUGACUUGUUCACAGUGUAACACUAAUUUUUGUUAUCGAUGUGGAGAGAGAUAUCGCCAGCUCCGUUUUUUUGGAGACCACACAUCAAACCUCAGUAUAUUUGGAUGCAAAUAUCGCUACCUCCCAGAGAGACCUCAUUUAAGAAGAUUAGUUCGAGGGUCAGUUUGUGCCGGAAAGCUCUUCAUUGCGCCUCUCAUCCUGGUUUUGGGAUUGGCACUAGGGGCCAUAGCAGUUGUAAUCGGUUUAUUUGUAUUUCCUAUAUAUUGCCUUUGUAAAAAACAGAGAAAGCGAUCACGGACAGGUAUGCACUGGUAAUCCACAGAGGAUUUCACAUGAUGUCAGCCGGUACCAGGAGGAGCCGUGCGGGAUGCUCCACCGUCUAUGCGUCGGACCCUUAACACCUAGAGAAACUUCCGCCAUCUUGUCUCCUGUGGUUCUCUGCAGGCCACAGUGCCUCUCUAGCUACGGUGCACUCCCAACAUGGUGUCCUGUCCUUUCCUUAAACAAAUUGCUGCUUUUAAAAAAUGGUCACUUUCGUUAAUUAGAGACGUUUAUAUCUUAACUCUUACCUUCGUGGUUCGUGGAAGAAAAUCCUUCGAGAACAGGGUAUCCUCAGCUGUGUUUUGAGGACACCUCACAGGAGUUUAUUUGGAUUGUCUGAACUCUGUGCUUCUCUCCAGGCUGAAUGUGAGGCAUGGUAUGCAAAGCUGAGGUCCUGUCUGUCUCAGCAGACAAAGCCAUUUUUCAGAAGAUAAAUCAGAGUUCACCAAAUGCACCUGUUGUUGUCUGUAGCCCAAAUGGUAUCAUUCUUUUGCUCUUUGGACACUGUACUUGCUUUAAAAAAAAUCUCAGCACCCAGAAGGGAAUUAAUGAAACUAAAUUAAUGAGAAGAACCAGGAGUUACUGGUGCGUAUGUGUAAGGAUGUGUAUGUGUGUAUAUAAACACGUGUUAAAUCAGGCUCCACAGCCGUGUGCUUGUCUAGUUCCAUGUCUAUUUUCAUAGAACCAUUCAGCCAUGAUGGUUAUUUUUGUGGGCCUAACUUGGUAAUGUACUGAAUUAAAGCCAAUAUCAACAACAGGUUGUGUCCAUGGUAUCCCUGUCCAUUUCUUGCUCUUUCUGUGGACACACACAUACACCCACUCACACACACACACACACACACACACACACACACACACACACACACCGGCAUGAGAUGUAUGCAGUGUCACUCCGAGAUGCACCAAACUUUGUAAACUGAAAGGAUGGUUUUAGAAAGUCCCAAGUUUCCAACAUGAUCUUUUCAGAUCCCUUGGAUUUUGACAUUAAUACUUUAUCCUGCCAAUAAAGCCUUCCUGGGAUUAUUUCUUUUUUUUUUUUUUCUUUGAAGAAAACUGUUUAAACUUUUAAUUUAAUUUCCAUUCUGCUCAUUAUUUAAUUACCACUUUAGAAUCCUAAUUAAUUCUGCUUUAGGUUAAGUUUUAAAAAAUUAUUUAAUGCUCUACUUCUUCCCUCUUUAUUUUUUUAAUUUGUCCUCAAGUUUUUUACAAAAAUAAAUACUAGUUUUGAAGGAUUUUUGCCUAUGUUUACUACUCAGAUGCAUAGUUUGCUGGUAUCUCCUUAUAGAAAGAUAACUUGAAAACAGCUUUUUAUGUACAUAGUUUCAUCAAAACAUAAACUGCUUUGGAGAAGAAAACAAAUGUAGAAAAUAUUUUGAAGAAGUUCUUCUGAGAUGAGAAGUCUUUGAGAAUAAGAUAAUGGAAUUUAAGCAAAGAGCUCCAUUUCCUUGCUUCUAUCAUAAAUUUUAUCAAGACAAAGAAGAGAUGUCAUGAAGCCUAAGGCUUCAACUCAUUUCUACAUUCUCAAAGUCAGCUACUUGUAGUAAAUUUGUGUUUGACUUGAAGUAGACCGUAUGAUAACACUCACGCUUAUAUGGCUGUUUCAUGGUGUCGGAUGCCAGAGUGUAAGAACUUUGUACCCUUGUGUUUCGCUGCAAAAGUUCAUGCCUGUGAAGGAUGGUCCAUGUCUAAGCUAGCAUGCUCAUAGUCUUGAGAACAAUAGAGAGGAGCUGGACAGCUUCCUGCUCAGUGGUGAGUUUCUGGCGGGAGGAGUGCAUGGCACUGGUGGAGUACCUGUUUCUAGACUGUGGUGUGAGGUAAGGCGCAGUGGUCUCUGGCGUCACAGACUCAUCUUCCCGUGCCUUCAGCCGUACAUUUGCCAAGCGUUUACUGUCCGCCUUAGAUGUGCUAGUCUUAGACCAAAAGACUGAGAACUUCUAGCCCAAAUACACGUCUCUGUUGUUAAAAGUGCUUAAUUUUUAGAAACUCGUUUUUCCUGGACUCGGCCAUCGGUUUGGCCAGCUGUGGGUGGGAUGGAUCUGAGUAUGCCCCAUGAAUCUGUCUGUAUGUCAUUAGUAAACAUGUCAUGUUCAUACACAUUACUGGGUGAACAGAGACUUGUGGGUCUGAGAGUGUCUAUAUUCUUGGGUUUUUGUGCCUGCUGGCUUUGGCCAACUCAGGGAUUUUUAUUCUAUUCUUUAGAUAGCUUAUCUUUUACAGAUAUUUUUAUAUAUGAUUUGAAAAAAAAAUUCCAAUAUGUGAUUUACAAAUUGGUAUUUGUUAUCAGGAAAGGCUGUUUCAUCAGAGGGUGGGAGAGUACACACUGUGCUUGCACGGGCAUCUCAUUUGUAAGUGCAUAGAUUUGUAAAAUAAAUGUGUGCAUUUUUCCCUUCUUAAGGAACACACAACCACAUACACACAUGUGUGUCCUUUCCGUGGUAGUAACUUAAAAGUAAUUACUUGUGACUAUUUUAGUAAGUCUCAAAAAUCUUUAAAAGAGUUAAAAAAAAUAGCAAAAAAAGUUUCUAUGUAAGUGCCAACUUUGAAGGUAGAACAGUAGUAACGUUUAGAAUAAAUUCUGAAAACUCCUUUACGAAAUGAAGUAUACAUGUUAAGUGUCUUUUUAUCAGGUCUCGUCUUUAUCUGUCAACAUUGUAGAAACUCAGACCAUGUAGAGCUAUAAAGUACAAGGUCCUCUGCGUAUCUACCCCUUGUUUCCCUAGGGUUGACUCUCAGUGGUCUGAGAUGCUUCCUUCAAAUGUACAAAUAAGUGUGUGUCUGUGUGUGUGCACGCAUGCACCCCUGCAUGUCAGUUUUCUACUAAUUGAAUGACAUCCUUUGCUGUGUCUCUUUUUCAUGUUUUGAAGGAUUAGAAAAAUACCUUUCCACAAGUGUUUAUACCCAUUUGAAAGUCACAGUCUAAUCCACUGAGGAGCUGUGUUUUAACUGAUUUGGUCAUCUGUUGAAUGGGAAACAAGAUAGUUUUCACUGAUCACACACAGAGCAUCUUAUGCAUCCGUAUUUUUGUCACCAAUACAACCAUUUCCAUGGGAUUUUGAAAUUUAUUUUUACAAAAAUAUUUGUAAUAAAUAUUUUAAGACAUAGCCAACAGAUGUGACCGUGGGCAUAAUGUAUUCAAGAUCCUAUUUUCGAGCAGUGUAGAGAAUGCCUAAUUUUAAAGCAGAGCAUCUUUCAAGACUUCCUCUUUGAAAGAUUAGCCAAAUAUCUUGCUGAAAUUUAAAAGAGAAUAUUAGUCUGUUCCCAGUGAAGCAAAAAUGUGAUAAGUUGUCUUUUUCACAGUGUGAAAAAGAUUAAUCAGUUCUUGGAUUUCUUCUUUUUCACUUUAGUACUGAGGGAAUGAAUGGUAUCUGUCUCGCUGUCUAAAACCCUCAUUUAUGCCAUUUAUGAGAGGUAGGAAAAAGAAAGGGGUCAAAUGCCAUAACGCUAGCUGCAUCCUCUUCCCACCUUUAUGGUCCAGCACGUAGCCACUUAAUAGUACAAGAACAGGUGGGAAAACAGAGAUGAGUUAAACAAGAGACAAUUUACAACAUAGCAUCUGUCUCUCUGUGCUGUGGGAUCAAGAUUCUGUACAACCUCUCGGGAAAUGCCCAACCCUGUGGCACCAUCUCAAGUAUCAGGGCCCUACUUAGGACUGUAUCUUUUAAUUUCACUGCCCAGGUACAUGUCUCUGUGUUCCCAUAAUACUCUACACCUUUGCAGUUAUUCUGUCUGUCCCUAUGUUAGUUGCAACCACGUUUUUGUCCACACCUCUGUCACCCUCAGAGAAGAGGGGAGGCAGGUGGGAGAGAGGCCUACUCUGGUCUGUGUAGCCUCAGUGUCUCUGGCCUUUCUCAGAUUUCAGUGCAUCUGCCAACACAUCUCCCCUACCACAAUGAAACUGUUUUAACAUCAGAUUUUUUUUAUGAUGCCUGUCAAGAUGAUAACAAAGUUAGUGGCCUAAGUAAUACUAGGUGGCAUAUAAGUACAAAACUAAGAAAAUCUAUGCCACAAGCCACAUUACAGGUUAGUUUUAUAAACAAGCUGAACACAGUCCUUGAUGUGAGUUCUUUCGUGUCAGUGGUUGGAGUCUGUCUGCACUAUUGUUCUAUGUUAAUGUCUGCUAUAACUGUUAGCCUUAACACUGAUGCACUUUCUAGUGUGUGUGCCAUUUAAAUAGUUAAGUGCUGAAGCAAAAGUGACAGGUGUGUUUUUUUAGCGACAGGAAUAGAAUCAUAUCAGUAAAUAUGUUUAAAUUCUUCAAAUUAGUGAGGAAUCGGAAGCUGAGUCCUUUAUGUAAAGCAUUUUAAUAUGAGUAUAAAGCACUCAAAUAUAGAACUGUUUCUAAAAUGUUAGGAAAGCUGGGGAUUUUUUUUUUGCAAUGAUUUUGCUACGUUUAGAACUGAAAGCAAAUAAUGAUGCUACAUGAUAAUUUCACUCGAAUCUGUUUAAAAUACUAAUUCCUACUGAAUGUUUUAAUUGUAUUUAGCUGUAUUUUCAUAGUUCAUGAAUUCUAUACAAGAAAUUUUCUUGACUAGAAACACAAUAAAUUAAAAUAGUUGGAGCACAUUUUGCUUUCAAAUCAUAACUUAAUUAUACACUUUUCCUACAGUUGUGGACACUAACUUCCAAGAUCACAUAUUAAAAUGUGUCUCUGAAAUGACCAUAUCACGAAAACUUGUACAGAAACCGUGUUAUCUAAGCAAACAAAAACCACUUCCAGGCUUGAAAGAGUACUUAAGGUUGUGAAAUGUUACUUUUUGGAGGCAAAUCAAUGGAUGGGACACCAUUGUAUUUCUUCCUUUGAGUGUACAGCUGAGACUGAUUCCAAAGCCGUGUGCCCCGUGGGAUUUCUAUGCAUCACUUUGUGAGUCUUCAGAUUUAGAUGGUGUUGUCCAGACCCAAAAGCACAGUCAUAGUAGAGUGAGACUAUUGUCGUCUAAAGCCUUAAUAUGUCACAGACCGUAUAUGUCCUUCUACAUAUUGUCAGUCGUGUGAGCAUGUAACUGUGUAUAUUAGAAAUUAUUAUUUUUUCCCUUGGACUAAAGAAGUGACUGUUUUGAGAAUAAUGACUUAAAUGCAAAAAUUAUCUUUUUGAAAAAUACUUGAAGAAUUUUUUACUGGUGUCCUUUUGAGGGUCAUUUUUUUUUUUAUUUCUCCAAAAGGCAUUCAGUGGUUUAUUUUAGAUUAUGUGGACUCAUUAAUAGAGAAAAUUUUUGUUGUUGUUUUUCAGUUCUGGGUCAUCUGCUACCACUGUCUUCUUCCAUGUGUUUGUGUGUAUGUGUAGCAAUACCCAUGUAUCUCAACAUCGCAUACCUAUUUCUUUUCUUAGUUUUCCAAAUUAUCUUGCUUUUUACUUCUGCAGUUCUCCCCCGCCCCCUCAUCUCGGCCAAGUGAGGAAAAAACUGUCUUAAGCAUUCGCUCCUUUCGACUGUAAUGCAAUGAAAUUCGGGGCUGACAGGCCUGGUGACCUAACUCUACUAGUGUGUGUCAUUUAUCCUUGUUAUUGUUAACUGAACUGGAUCCACAGUGCCUGGGACAGUUUUCCUGAUUCUUGGUAGGAGCUGAAGAACCCUUCCUAGCCCUCUGUGAAUUGGACCAGAGGUUUGAUAAUACUCUAGAGCCAAACUUGAGAAAUCUGUGAUCGUCAGAAGCUCAAUGCAGUGCCUGCGUAUCGGCUGGACCAAAAGCACACACACAUUCAUAUGAUCUGACCCAAAGCUUUUUAUCCUUCACCUAAAGGAAUUCACACUUGCAAUUAUUGGUCUUUAAGUAAAAACAUCCUGUAGCUUGAACUUGGGGUAGAUUUAAAUUGAGUAGCAAUUGUAUAUUAGAUGCAGCUAUCAACUUAUGUGCUGUGGUUUUUAUUGGACACUUUGAUAAUCUAAAGCAAAUCACCUGGACUAUAACCAGGGUUGGCCCUAGUCUAGAGAAACUGCUUUUCUCAGUCUGCAGGCUGUAGUCAUUUUGUUCUGUUGACAGUGUCCUUUCUUUAUGGAAGCUUUUCAGUUUCAGGAGGUCCCAUUUAUUGUUGAUCUUGGAGCCUGAGCUGUUGGUGUUGCUUGCCAUUUGAAAACAGUCAAAUAUUUUUAAUUAAUCAGAUUUAUACAUAAGCCACACUCAAAAUGUAUUUAAUGUAGUUUUACUAUGUAAGAAAAAAGUUGAAAGUCACACUUGGAUGUUAAAUGGCUUCAGGAUUGUAGAAAUGAUGCCAUUUCAGGUUUUCCUCGUAGGGGGCAGGCUGUGCUGUAGUUGUUAGUCCCUUUCAAUGUCAAAGUUCCAUCUCAUGGCCAGCUAGGAAAAUUGUCUUGUUAAAUUCUUGAAAGUUACCAGGUUUUUAAAUUAGCAUUGCUUCCUCCAUAUCUAAAUAUAGUUUCAGACAGCUAGUAUUUAAAUAUAUGAUGCUUAUAUCUAAUUUUUAGUCUAUAGAAAAUUAGAAUGCUAUAUGUUUCUUUACAAAGAAUUUCUGAAGAUGGCAUUAUUACUUUUUAUCAGCUGAAUAGAUAUUUUUUUUCCUAAUGCCCACUUUUAAAGUUGCAUAUGAUAACUCCUCAAUAGCUAACAUCUUGAUCAUUUUCAUUACAAUUAAAUUUCUGUAGAUGGUGUUUUGAAAACUUUAAGAAGCCUUGUUGAAAAACCUUAUUUUGGUAUGAAAUUCAGAAUAGUAAUUGAGUAUAUAUAAAUGUGUAUUUAGACACCAUUUGCCAAAGCAGAAACAAUUUCUUCCAAAUUUUUAUGAAAAUUAAAAGGCACCCAGGCAGGGCACUUGGCACGUGGCCCAGACAGAACCCUUAGAUCUGGGGUUGGCUGCAUUUGCUUCCAUCUCCUCCUCAGUCUACACUGAUGUAUAUGAACGGGCAAGGCUUGUAUUGGUUUUAUUUUAUAUUUUUUGUUUCCCUCUCUCCUGCCCUUUAAAAAUUGGCUCUAUGGUGAAAGGCAGAAGGCAUAUUUCAUGUGCCCGUCAGGCACCAGGCAGCCUACUGUAUGUGCCUGCAGUGACCAAUUACCCUUGUAUCCUACUCCCAUCCUCGCUUUCCAUGACACAGUACAGUUAAGGAGUUUAAUUUAAACCCUGUUCUGUGGGACAGCAGCCCUCUGCAGACACACAUCUGCUGCUUUCUAAUAAAGACCCUUUUAACCCCUUGUGGGCGUGUGGAGAAGGAGGGGGAAAAGAUUGACUAUCUCGUUGCUUGUGAAAACAAUUAUUCAUGUGCUAAUAAAUAGUACUUCUGACUGCUUAAAAAAAUCUAAUCAAACAGCAGCAGGCACACAUAUUUAAUCCCAGCACUUUUGGGAAAGCAGGCAGAUCUCUGUGAGUUCCAGGCCAGCCUGGUCUACAUCGUGAGUUCUAGGGGGCGAGAUCCUAUCUCAAAAACAAACAAACAAAUAAAAUCAAACAAACCAAACAGUAGCAUGCAAAUAUUAUUACAUUAACUCAUCACUUAUUAAGAAGCAAAAUUGGUAAGACAUUUUCUUUACUUCUCUUGCAAACUUUAAAGACAGUUAUAUUAUCUGUGUCAUCAUUUUUCUACAUAUUCAGAAAUUGAUGUUCUAAGGAAUAAUUACCAUCUUCUAUGUAAAUGUGAGACUAUAUUCCAUUUUAAGUAUGGUCUCAAUAAUAAAGGGGUAAUGUUUGCUUUAUUUUAAAGUGAAUUGCUUCCAUUUUAAUGUGUACCAGGUCUUGUCACUUUCCUUUUAUUGAACAUUUUAAAAUUUUCUGUAAACUUUGUGGUCCAUUCCAAGGUAAUAUGUCAUAAUGUUUUUCUUGUUGAAAAUAUUCUUUGAUUUUUAAAUGUUUUAACUGUUUCUGCAUUUCAGUAGUUGCACUGCUAACUUUGAUCUUCAUAAAAGUACGUGGAAGAAGCCAUUUUGGAUGUAUUUUUAGGAAAUAGGCAGGUAGAAAUAACAAAACAGAUGCCACUGAUAUCUUAAUUAAUCCCUGAAAAGCAAUUGGAAAGAAAACAAACAAACAUUGUACCAAAGUUUUAAAAGGUUGAAAACAAAAGUUGAAAAACAAAAAGACCUGAUUUCUUAUAUUGUUGAAGGGAUCAACUUUCAGAUGAAGGCUUUAUACUCUUGCUUCCAUGAAUGGAACAUAGUCUCCGCUCUCACCACUGUUGCGUUGGCACACUCCUCACUGAAAAGAAAGAAAGAAUUAGUGAAGAAAGCCAGGGAGAUCAGCCUUGUUUCCACUAUCCAGUAGCACUAAACCUACUGUGCCACCUAAACCUCCCGUAUGGUGCUUAUGUGAUAAUGUAACAUCUGUGUGUGUUAUUAGUGCCUUAUUUCUUUCAUGUGACUUCAUUUCUUAUCAAAAGAGCCAUAAAUUUUCCGUUAGCGCUCUUUGAUCCCUCUACUUUAAAGCAUGCUAAUCAGGUGUCUUGAUAGAUGUACCUCGCCUGCAUUUGCUACUGAAUCUCCUAUAUUGUCUCUAGACUAACAAAUUAGCUGUAUUUUUCUUAAGUGUGUCGCUUAUUUUCAAGUUAAGGCAAGAAAAUGAAUAUGAACUAACAGACAUCAAAGUUAAUGGAAUUAAUUUCUAUUUUUAAACCACAAGAAAAAGAACGCUGAAUAAAUCGGAAUCAGUGAGUUGGUCUGCAGCUCUAAUUAGGGUAGACCCAUAAAACGUUAAAAACAACGUUAAAAAUGAGCAUAACUGUGAUACUUUUCUAAUGUGAUCAUUUACCUACAACUUGACUUUGACAACAUUUUAGCAUUAAGUUUCUUAUUGAUGUAAAAAUAAUUGAGGGUUGUCACAGUUUACACAUUAUUCAUUCACAGUAGGCUGUAGCAACUACGCGCCAUUCUGUAUAUUACCUGCCCUUCUAGGCUCGUGCCUUUUGUCUUGUGUUAUACAAGAUACUGGUUUUGUUGUUUCAUAUAUAUAUAUAUGAAAAAUUAAAAUAAAUAUAUAUGAUGAUGAAGUGAUCAAAUUAAAUAAGGUGUGAAGAAAAGACAAAGACAUGGCCUACAUGUGGAAAUGUAUAAAUAUUUGACAAAGAAAAUAAGAGGGAAUCUUCCUGGCAACAAAUACGACCUGCUGGAAGGGCCUGGAAAUGAACAGGUUUGUUUGGUUUGGUUUGAGGAUUUUUGCAUUGAAAUUUAAAAAUCCAUUGCCUCAAGAAAUUUGGGUGAUAUAUAUUCUAUGCACUAGAGGAUACGUAGCAUGUUUCUUCUGAAUAAGUACUAUCUCAGUUGUGACUGAUAAAAGCAAUGCAACUACCAGCUCACAAACUGUAGGUACACGUCUUUGAGGAGAUGGAUGUGGAGUCUAGUUGCUGGCUCUCAGUAAUGUCCCUAUAUCCUUUUAUUGCAGCCUUUGAAAGAAUGGUCAUUAUUUUUAGUUGAUUGCUUUAAAUUGGGGGUUAAGAUUAAUUCUGAUAUCCGAUCUCAUGGAAGAAUAUAAAGACACUCUACCUGGGUGAAUCUAAUGGAAGUCAAAUGGUUCCAACUGUCACUGUGUGUACAGUGUAGAUUACCGUGGAUUGCUAUUUACUACACGAUUUGUGCAGAAUAUCACACGGCGUCAGCUAGCCAUGCCUAAUAAAAGUAUUUAAAAGAGGA